CGCGCUCUCAUACGAAGGAAGCCAUCCUCCGGCUUGUCCUUCCCAUCUGUCCCUCUGGACCAGCGCAAAGCCCCGCUGCGAGCAGCCUGAAGGCGGACCAGGCGACGUAGACGGUGACAGCUUGUCCUUCCUCCACCCACCCACCUCACUCGCAGCAUGGCAGUCAUCAACUUUACCUCUUCUGUCUUGUCCCUGCCGUUGGCAACACGGUCGCUAUCCCUCCUCGUACUUCUCUUCUCUGGCACACUAUUCCUGCUGAGAGUCUUCAGGACAGAGGAGAAGGUCCACUUCUUCAGCUUCUCAAAGACCGACUCAGCCAUUGCCUUCCCCUGGCUGGUCAUUGUCCCAGGCGUAUCCUUCUGGUACCCAUGGACACUCGUCACUUCCGGACUAUGCGAGACCACAUUCAUCGAGUUUCUGGUCACCAUCAUCACACUGCCGCUGGCCGGCAGGUAUCUGGAGAGGAUAUGGGGGGCCAUUGAAUUCGCUAGAUUCACCCUCAUCGUAGUGGUGGGGUCGAAUAUCAUCGCCUGGGUUCUGGCGACGUUGUUGUACAUCGUCCUAGGAAGUGAGGUUGCCUUCUACGGAACACAAUACCACGGCCUCGAAGCUCUGCAAGUAGCCUUCCUCGUUGCCCUGACUCAGCUGAUACCAGAUCAUCAGGUCUACCUCCUCGGCGGCAAGCUGCCUCCCAUGCGAGUGCGCGAUCUGCCCAUGCUCUACGUCACCUUCUCCAACAUCACCUGCCUCUUAGGCUACACCUCUCCCUUCAUCCUCAUCCAAUUCGGCUGGCUCAUCUCAUGGGUAUACCUGCGCUUCUACCGGUACAACCCCGAGAACGGUACAAGGGGCGAUCGGAGCGAGACCUUUGCAUUCGUCCUGUGGUUCCCGCCCUUCGUUCACAAGCCCCUCGGGAUCGGGACAACUUUCCUGCAUGGACUGUUUGCCCGGUUCCACAUCAUCCCACGGUAUCACUACGAGUACAUCCCUGGAGAUCUUGAGUUUGAGGGAGGACAGGACGGAGGGCCGAGUGGAGGGAGUGGGACAACUGCCAGGGCCGAGGCGGAGCGCAGGAGAGCAAUGGCUCUCAAAGCCCUGGACCAGCGCAUGGCGGGAAGGUCGGCAAGUGGGAACACGACUACUUCAGCGAACGCCAACGGCGGACCGUCUUCAGGUCCAGGCAACGCAGGUCUGGCGCCCCAGUCGCGGCCGUCUGCCCCUGUUCCCCCACCCGAGCUGGUCUUCCAAGCCCCAGACGACGAUGAGCCGUUGCGGGCCUCAGCAGCAAAGGCAGCCACGACGCCCAGCUCUCUCGCUAGCAAGAAGCAAGAAGAGGAGCCAGAGUGGCCUUCGAGCGGGGAGGAAGAUGGAGGAGACGACGGGGAUAUUGGAGCGAGUAAUGGCAAGAAGGGAAAGAGGGCAGAUUGACGCGGGGGCAUCGUACAGAAGGAAAGAGGAUGGAUAUAGAUGUCGAUCAUCGAGCAGAGGUAAGCUCCGGACAGCAAUCGCACAAUCUCACUACCAUCAUCGCAUCGCAAAUCCGUCUGAC